AUGAAGAGCUACCAUGGGGACCGCAACCAGUCACGGGAACACCCUUGCCACUGCAUCCCAGAGGCCUGUGAGCAACCAAUGGAAUACAUCCACCAUAGCCAGGAAUCUCGCCAGCCAUACCUCCUCAGCCCCAGUGAGCCUUAUUCCUUGGACCACUACUGCUCAUCCCGGAGCUCUGCUGACCCUCUCCUCAGCCUGACUGAACCACUCUCUGCUGCCAGCAGUAGCAGCACCUUUCCUAGGAUGCACCACACACCUCAACAGUACGACUCCUGUGACGAGUGCAUGGCGGCCGCCCAUCCUUCCGGCAAGAUCAACCGGCUGCCCCCCACUCUCCUGGACCAGUUUGAGAAGCAGCUGCCUCUUCACCACGACGGUUUCCACACCCUGCAGUACCAGCGGGCCAGCAGCACAGAACAGCCACGCAGCGAGAGCCCCAGUCGCAUCCGACAUCUUGUCCAUUCUGUCCAGAAGCUCUUUGCCAAGUCACAUUCCCUGGAAGCCCCAUCCAAGCGGGAGUACAACGGCACCAAGAUGGAAGGGCGGGGCACAGAGGGCGGGUACCAUCACCACCACCCUCACCACCACCGCCAGUCACGGCACGGCAAGCGUAGCAAAAGCAAAGACCGCAAGCUGGAUUCCUCAUCCUCUUCGUCCCGCCAUCGGAACAAGAUGAUGGGCUGGUGGAGCUCAGAUGAUAACCUGGACAGUGAUAGCAGCUACAUGGUGUCCGGAAGACAACAUGCUGUUGACCAGAGCACCCAGUACUGUGUGGACACCCCUGAAAGUGCCUUCCGAGACUUGACCUUGAAGGGUCUCAAAAGUGGAGGUGGAGAGGGCAAGUGUUUAGCCUGUGCAGGAAUGUCCAUGUCCUUGGAUGGCCAGACUCUCAAGAGGAGUUCUUGGCAUACCAUGACAGUCAGCCAAGCACGGGAGGCUUAUCCCAGCUCAGGAGGAGGCCCAGAGAAAGCCUUGAUGCUUCAAGAGGCCAAGGCCAAGGAUCGGUCCUAUCAUUAUCUUCAGGUGCCGCAGGAUGAUUGGGGAGGAUACCCAGCAUCGGGGAAGGAUGGUGAGAUCCCCUGUCGACGGAUGCGGAGUGGCAGCUAUAUCAAGGCCAUGGGAGAUGAUGACAGUGGGGACUCCGAUACCAGCACCAAAGUGUCUCCCAAGGAGGUGGCUCGGCGUGAGGGGUACCGCCGUUCAUCCAGCGUAGAUCAGGCCAGAACCAAGUUUGCAAGUAGACACUAUUCUGACUCAUAUAUCUGUAACUGUCCCAGCUGCUGCACACCGCCCCGAAUCCGGCCACGGGGACAAGGGUAUGGACGCUCCUUCACCACCGGGCAGAUCAAUGAUGAGUUGAACCAUCAGUUUGAGGCUGUAUGUGAGUCUGUUUUUGGUGAGGUGGAAUCCCAGGCUGUGGAGGCUUUGGAUCUGCCUGGUUGCUUCCGCAUGCGCAGCCAUAGCUAUCUGCGGGCCAUUCAGGCUGGCUGCUCCCAGGACGAUGACUGCCUCUCUCUCUUCACCAUGGCAACAACCACUCACCAGCCUGGCCAACCUCUCACCAGCAGCAUCCUCAAGCCAAGCACCUCUUUUAGUUACCGGAAAGCUCCACCUGCCCUCCCUUCAGGAAUCAAAGCCAAGCCCCUCAUUGCUGUUACAACCCAAAGCAGCACCGAAUCUACCCAUGACAGUUUCCUGCCCAGAGAGGUCAACAGAAGCCCAUCCUGGGCCAAAGAAGCCACCAAGCACUGCAACUCCACUGAGAGUUUAGAAAGCACCAAGAUCACUGCCAUGUCUCUGGAUCUGCCUUCGGUCCAACCCCGGACUUCCCCCAAACCCUCCACCCUUAUCAUCAGGACGAUUCCAGGGAGGGAAGAGCUAAGAAGUUUGGCUCGCCAGAGGAAAUGGCGCCCAUCUAUUGGAGUUCAGGUGGAAACCAUAUCGGAUUCUGACACUGAAAGCCGAAGCUGUCGAGAGUUCCACUCCAUCGGUGUUCAAGUGGAAGAAGAUAAACGCCGCGCUCGGUUCAAACGGUCCAACAGUGUGACGGCAGGUGUGCAGGCCGACUUAGAGCUUGAAGGCCUGGCUGGGCUGGCGGUGGCCACUGAGGACAAGGCCCUUCAGUUUGGACGUUCCUUCCAGCGGCAUUCCUCCGAGCCCGAGUCCACGCGGCAAUAUUCGGUCUACAAGACAGUUCACACGCAAGGGCAGUGGGCCUAUCGGGAGGACUACCAGAUGCAAUACGAUACGGUGGAAGUACCGCGACAGGAGUCCUGGAUGGACCGAGGCUCACGCAGCCUGCCGGAUUCUGGCCGAGCAUCACCCUGCCACCGGGACGGCGAGUGGUUCAUCAAGUUAUUGCAGGCCGAGGUGGAAAAGAUGGAAGGCUGGUGCCAGCAGAUGGAGCUGGAGGCGGAAGAUUACGAUCUGCCGGAAGAGGUUCUUGAGAAGAUCCGUAGCGCGGUUGGCAGUGCCCAGCUCCUGAUGAGCCAGAAAGUCCAACAGUUUUACCGACUUUGCCAGCAAAAUAUGGAUCCAAAUGCUUUUCCUAUGCCCACUUUCCAGGAUCUAGCUGGAUUCUGGGAUCUCCUGCAGCUCUCAAUUGAGGAUGUCAGCAUGAAGUUUGCCGAACUUCAGCAGCUCAAGGCUAACGGGUGGAAACCCAUCGAGGCCAAGGAGGAAAAGAAGGUGCCUCCACCGAUACCAAAGAAGCCGCCACGCUCCCGGCUGCACCCGGUGAAGGACCGAUCUCUGGACUCUGUGGACCGGCAGAGGCAAGACGCUCGCAAGAGGCUCUUGGCAGCCAAGCGGGCUGCCUCUUUUCGCCAGAGCUCAGCUACUGAGAGUGCCGACAGCAUCGAGAUCUACAUCCCAGAGGCCCAGACCAGACUGUGA